AUGGGCGUGUUAGAACUGGUUGGAGACUACUGGGAGCAGCUGAAGGAAACCGUUGUGCCCGUCGUGGCCGCGGCCGAGAACGACGAUAACGAGCAGCAUGAAAAAGGAGAAGAGGAAGGGGAAGAGGAAGAGGCAAAGGACGGGGGAGAUGCCGAGGAGGAAGACGAAGACGAAGAUGAAGAUGAAGACGACGAGGACGAGGACGAGGAAGCCGUCACUGACCAACUGGAGGAUUUGAGGGAGCACUUCAAGAACACAGAGGAGGGUAAGCCGCUGGUACACCACUACGAGGAGUGUGCCGAGCGUGUCAAGACACAGCAGCAGCAACCUGGUUACGAGGACCUCGAUCACAAGGAGGACUGUGUGGAGGAGUUCUUCCACUUGCAGCACUAUUUGGACUCUGCUACGGCCCCCAGGUUAUUCGACAAGUUGAAAUAG